AUGCUGAACAAGAUCCUAGUGAAUUUCAAGUGUUGCGGUAGCGCGAGCGUAGAUCGAGAUGAUGCCGACGUGCCCGUCGCGCUCGUCGGCCGCGGGCUGAUCCCGACGCAGGACAGCCCCAGACCACCUUCUGGCAGGCGCGAGUCAGCGACCGGUGGGGCUGUCGAAGCCGCAGAUGCGGCCAUCGCUGCCCAGGUCGCGCUGGCUGUCGAAGGUGAGGCGUGGUGGCAGAACUCCACCGCCUCGGACAUGCUGCUUCCGGUGGAUCACGCGGCCGAGACAGCCGCUGAUCUCGUGGCCUCGCUAGGCAAGCGCGGGACCCUGGAGCCCUUCAUGGAGAACGAGCGGUUGAUGGCCGCCCUGUCUGAGAG